GAGGCCCGGGGGCGGGGCCUGUGCCCGCGCAGCUCGCACUGAGGUCCCCUUAUUUGGAUCUGCGGGAAUGUGGGCUGGAGCGGUCCUGCCGCGGUACCAGCCUCCAGCCCGUCGCCAAGACUGCCCCUGACUCAGGCGCGCCCACUGCUCGGUGGCAGGAGGGUCGGCAGAGCGUCAUGGCCUGCAUCCUGAAGAGAAAGUCUGUGAUUGCAGUGAGCUUCAUAGCAGCGUUUCUCUUCCUGCUGAUUGUGCGCCUUGUAAAUGAAGUGAAUUUCCCAUUGCUGCUAAACUGCUUUGGACAACCUGGUACAAAAUGGAUUCCAUUCUCCUACACAUACAGGCGGCCCCUUCGAACGCACUAUGGAUACAUAAAUGUGAGGACACAAGAGCCUUUGCAGCUGGACUGCGACCUUUGUGCCAUCGUGUCCAACUCAGGUCAGAUGGUUGGCCAGAAGGUGGGGAAUGAGAUAGAUCAGGCCUCCUGCAUUUGGAGAAUGAACAACGCCCCCACCAAGGGCUAUGAAGAAGACGUUGGCCGCAUGACAAUGAUUCGAGUUGUAUCCCAUACCAGCGUUCCUCUUUUGCUAAAAAGCCCUGAUUAUUUUUUCAAGGAGGCAAACACCACUAUUUAUGUGAUUUGGGGCCCUUUCCGCAAUAUGAGGAAAGAUGGCAAUGGCAUCGUUUACAACAUGUUGAAAAAGACUGUUGACAUCUAUCCAAGUGCCCAAAUUUAUGUCACCACAGAGAAGCGCAUGAGUUACUGUGAUGGAGUUUUUAAGAAGGAAACUGGGAAAGACAGAGUCCAGUCUGGCUCUUAUCUCAGCACUGGGUGGUUUACCUUCAUUCUGGCUAUGGAUGCCUGUUACGGCAUUCACGUCUACGGGAUGAUAAAUGACACCUACUGCAAGACAGAAGGGUAUAGAAAAGUCCCCUACCAUUACUAUGAACAAGGAAGAGAUGAGUGUGAUGAAUAUUUUCUUCAUGAACAUGCCCCAUACGGAGGCCAUAGGUUUAUCACUGAAAAGAAAGUGUUUGCUAAAUGGGCCAAGAAACACAGGAUAAUAUUUACACAUCCGAACUGGACAGUGUCUUGAUAUUGGUUUCUCUUAUCUUGCCACACCACUU